AUGGCCAGAGAUUGUUCGUCUUCAGAAGAAUACAGCAUUGCUGCAGCGUUGUUACCCCUGACAACUGCUUUUUAUAGGAAAUUAGCACCUGGAGUUAGUCAGUUUGCUUACACCUGUGUGCAAGACCAUCCUAUCUGGACUAAUCAACAGUUUUGGGAAACAACUUUUUAUAGCAACGUGCAAAAUCAAGUUCGUUCCCUCUACCUUACAGCCAAAGAUGACAACCAUGCAGUACAGUUGAGACAAAAGGAGAAAAAUUCUGUAGUUCCAGACCAGGAUAAGACAGCAAUGGACCUGGCUGCUGAGCAGUUGCGAUUAUGGCCAACUCUUAAUAAACAAACUCAGCAGGAGUUAGUCCAGAAUGAGGAAAGUACGGUUUUCAGUCAGGCAAUUCAUUUUGCUAACCUCAUGGUCUACCUGCUAGUACCACUGGACACAAGUAAGAACAAGUUAUUGAGAACAUCAGCUGCUGGUGACUGGGAGAGUGGAAGCAACAGUAUUGUCACAAACAGUAUUGCAGGCAGCGUUGCAGAGAGUUAUGACACUGAAAGUGGAUUUGAGGACUCUGAGAACAAUGAUGUUGCAAACGCCGUUGUACGCUUCAUCACCAGAUUUAUUGACAAAGUUUGCACAGAGAGUGGAGUUACACAGGAUCACAUCAAGGGUCUUCACUGUAUGAUACCAGGCAUUGUAGCAAUGCACAUAGAGACCUUGGAGGCUGUCCAUCGUGAGAGUAGGCGGCUUCCACCGAUACAGAAGCCCAAAAUUCUCCGACCAGCUUUACUGCCAGGAGAAGAAUUUGUUUGUGAAGGUCUCCGUGUGCUGCUAGAUCCUGAUGGCAGAGAGGAAGCUACAGGAGGACUGCUUGGAGGUCCUCACAUCCUCCCUGCUGAAGGAGCUUUGUUCCUUACCACUUACAGAAUUAUAUUUAAAGGCACUCCUCACGAUCAACUGGUUGGAGAGCAGACAGUGAUCCGGAGCUUUCCUAUUGCGUCUGUUACGAAGGAGAAGAAGAUCACUAUACAGAACCAGCUGCAGCAGAGUAUGCAGGAAGGACUGCAGAUCACUUCAGCUACCUUUCAGUUAAUUAAAGUAGCAUUUGAUGAAGAAGUAAGUCCGGAAGUGGUGGAAAUAUUUAAGAAACAGUUAAUGAAGUUCCGUUAUCCUCAAUCUAUCUUCAGCACUUUUGCAUUUGCAGCUGGGCAAACGGCACCACAGAUAAUUUUACCAAAACAAAAAGAAAAGAACACUUCAUUCCGUACUUUCUCGAAAAGCCUUGUGAAAGGAGCAAAACGUGCUGGGAAGAUGACAAUUGGACGCCAAUAUUUAUUAAAGAAGAAGACAGGCACAAUAGUGGAAGAAAGAGGGAAUCGCCCAGGCUGGAAUGAAGAUGAUGAUAUCUCUGUUUCAGAUGACAGUGAUCUGCACACAAGUGGUACCCUAAAAGCAUCUGAAAAAUCAACAAUGGAGCAAUUAGUAGAAAGAGCCUGUUUCAGAGACUAUCAACGUUUGGGACUAGGGACCAUCAAUAGUAACUCUUCUCGCUCAAAAACAGAAUACUUAAGAAUAACUGCACUGAACAGGAUGUAUUCACUUUGCAGGAGUUAUCCUGGGCUUCUGGUAGUACCUCAGUCAGUUCAAGACAGCAGUCUGCAGAGAGUUGCUCGCUGUUACCGUCACAAUCGCCUACCAGUUGUCUGUUGGAAGAACACUAAAAACAAUACUCUCCUACUUAGAGCCGGGGGCUUUCAUGGCAAAGGUGUUGUUGGCCUCUUCAAAUCACAAAACACACAUACUACAGCUCCUGCUUCUUUAGAAUCUUCAAGCAGUAUAGAACAGGAGAAAUACCUACAGGCCUUACUGAAUGUGAUAUCCGUCCACUGUAAAAUGAAUGCCAGUAAUACUCUCACUGUUAGACCGAUUGCUCUGUCACCAGGCACUGAAAGGAGGGCUUCAAGAAUGUCUACUGUGUUUAAGCAGGUAGUGCCAGGACAUUUGGAUGUAAAUCUAUCCAAUAGCUUUUCUCGAGGAGGUGUAUGGGCAAGUCUUCGUUCAAGCAACCGAUUUAUCAACACUCAGACUCCAUUCAUUGAUGUUGGUGCAAGACUUGCAGGGAAGGAUAAUGCCACUUCCUACAGCAGCGGUGGUUUUCUGCAAAGUCAGCUUUUGAGGCGGCAAGCAGCCCUCUAUAUAUUUGGUGAAAAAUCUCAGUUACGGGGAUUCAAACUUGAUUUUGCUUUGAAUUGUGAAUUUGUUCCUGUUGAAUUCACUGACAUCCGACAGACAAAGGCUAGCUUUAAAAAGCUGAUGAGAGCUUGCGUUCCCAGCACUAUUCCUACAGAUUCUGAGGCAACAUUCCUUAAAGCACUUGGGGAGUCAGAGUGGUUCCCACAGCUUCACAGGAUAAUGCAGUUGGGUGUGAUCAUCUCUGAGCUCCUGGAAAAUGGUUCUUCUGUCAUGGUUUGUUUGGAAGAUGGCUGGGAUAUUACUGUGCAAGUCGUGUCUCUGGUGCAGUUACUCAGUGAUCCCUUCUAUAGGACGCUUGAAGGCUUCCGAAUGCUGGUGGAAAAAGAGUGGCUCUCUUUUGGUCAUAAAUUCAGUCAACGCAGUAAUCUGACUCUCAAUUGUCAGGGUAGUGGAUUUGCUCCUGUUUUCUUACAGUUCUUAGACUGUGUGCAUCAGAUUCAUAACCAAUACCCAACAGAGUUUGAGUUCAAUCAAUAUUAUCUGAAGUUUCUGGCUUUUCAUCACAUAUCAAAUCGAUUUAAAACAUUUCUUCUGGAUUCAGACUAUGAAAGACUAGAGCAUGGGACAUUGUUUGAAGAUAAAGGAGAUAAACAUGCCAAAAAGGGAAUUUGUAUUUGGGAGUAUAUUGAGAAGAUGCACAAAAGGAGCCCUAUUUUCUUCAAUUACCUCUAUGCCCCUGCAGAAAUAGAGGCACUGAAGCCAAAUGUAAAUAUGUCCAGCCUCAGAAAGUGGGAUUAUUAUGUAGAAGAGAUUUUGGCUACAGGUCCUUCCUAUGACUGGACCAUGGUAACUGCAAAAUGCAGUGUUUCAGAGGAAGCUGACCAAACGGAUGGCACAGUCUCUCAGACUAAGAGGAAAAUAGUGUGGCCGUGUUAUGAUGAUGUGAAAAAAAUACAACCUGAUGCCAUCAGCAGCCUUUUAAAUGAAAUCGAAAGGUUGCAAAGUAAAUUAAAUCAGAGCCCAGAAAGGUGGCAGCUUUUAUGGGAAAGGGUCAAAAUGAAUCUAAAGGAUGACACCAGACAAGACAAUCUGCGGAGACAUCCUUCUGGCUCCUCAGGGAUGAUGUCAGCUAAUCUACAUUCCUAUCAGAAGAGGUCUUUGUUGGAAAUACCUGACAGUGGGCUGGGUGAGGAACAGAGUGCAAGCAUCUCUCCCUCUAAUGGAGUAGAUAGAACAACGACGCUGUACAAUCAUUUCACGUCAAAGAAUGAUGAAAAUAGAUCUUUUGAAGGUACGCUAUACAAAAGAGGAGCUUUACUAAAAGGUUGGAAACCUCGCUGGUUUGUGCUAGAUGUGACAAAACACCAGCUGCGAUACUAUGACUCUGGUGAGGACACAAGCUGUAAGGGACACAUAGACCUUGCAGAAGUGGAAACUGUGAUUCCUGCUUCUCCAACAAUUGGAGCCCCAAAACAUGCAAGUGAAAAAGCAUUUUUUGAUUUGAAGACAAAUAAACGUGUAUAUAAUUUUUGCGCUCAAGACGCACAGAGCGCUCAACAAUGGAUGGAUAGAAUCCAGAGUUGCAUUUCAGAUGCUUAGAAAGGAAAAGCAUUCCCUAAUAAAGACACUUUUAAAGCACCUCUUCCUGUAAGAAGCUAAGUUCUGAAAUGUUACUGACAGACAACCAGCCUUCCUUGCAUUUCAGCCAUAAAAGUUCAUAAUCUGCUGAAGUUCCUUUUCUGUUUAAUAAUUAUAACCACUGUAACUGCUAUUUUCUUCUGCAGGGAAAUAAUUGAAAAAUAAUAAUUCAUUUAUGCUAAAUUUCCACUUUCUUCAGUACAGGUCCUAGCUGUAAAAGUGGGCUGUAUUUGCACUAUCAUCUAAUUCUGGUUUUCUCAUUUCAGAGCUAUUCUGUUAGGAAACCUGUCCAAAGGAAAUUGUAGAAAUUUUCCCUCCAACAGGAAGUGUAUUUUCACUUUAUUUAUAUUUUUAAGCAGAAUGUUCUUAUUUCCAAGCUAGUCAUGAAUAAGAGGGAACAUGUUUACAAUUCCU